AUGGCCACGCCAAACGCCAGCAGGAUGCGUGUCUGGAAAGGCAGUCAAACGCCUGGCACAGCUUCAAAAACACCGUCUAAGUCCCCCACGAGACGCGUCUUGGGAGACCUCACGCCCAAUGCCCGCACCACGCCCGCAAAGCUCAAAGGUGUCGAAUACGCGAAGACACAAACAGCCAGCCGCGCGAGCCCGUUGAAAGAGAACGUUGCGUUCGAGAAUAUGGCGACUGCAGGCGCGAAGCUUAGUCCACAGACCUGGUCGGCAGUAAACCCCAGAAAAAGAACGAUCCACGAAGUAGACGGCGCGGUUGGCCGCGAAGGCGCGAAUGGGCGGGUAGUGAGGAGAUCGAUUAACGAGCAUGGCGCGGGGAGGGCGAUGGUAUACCAGCAUGCUGCCUCUGUUCAGGCUUCGCAGCGAAGACCGGGCCUCGAACGCCUCGAGUCAACCCAAAGCCUCUCCUCCACCGACGCAGACUCCCCCGAGCCAGUACCGGCUUCGCAAGGCACCAUAGCAUCCAAAGCCUCGUUCUCCUCGCUCAUCGAGUACGACCCCGCCGUGUCACCGCCGCACUCCCAGCGCGCCUCGUCUUCACCUCCCGCAAUUGUCGAGACCGCAGCUGCGAAAAGCCAAGCCGACACACUCCGCCUCCGCCUCCGAAUUGCCAUGUACAAAGUACGCACGAACCAGACCGCGGUCCCGCUCUCCCGCCUACGCGUAACGCGGCAGUCCCCGUCCGCAUCCUUCCCCUCCGCCUCCACCUCGUCAUCAGCACCCCGCCCCACGCCCUCCCCCGCAAAAGCAGCGCCCCAAAACGUCCCCAGCAUCGUCGUCUCAACCACAACCCACACCCUCUCCUCCUCAUCCUCCAAAGCCGCAGCCCUCUCAUCGCCAAAAGCAGUAGCCCCCUCAGCAGCCGUAUCAGCCGUCCCGAAACUCCUCCCCGCCCCCGUCCUGGUCCCGACGGCGUUCUCGUCCCGCCAUAUCACGGAGCCGUAUUUUGCGUCCUCGCCGCCGGACGAGGGCAGUAGCAGGGAUGCGACGCCGCGGCAGGGACAGGGGCAGUGGAGGCGGGGGGUUGAGAUGCCGGUGUCUGUAUCACGGGAGCGUGAGCGGAGGGGAGGGCAAGUGGGUGGGGGUGGGUCGCCGGGAAGUGGGCAGCGGGGGAGGGAUGAGAGGGCGGCGGCAGCGGGAACGGUGGGCAGUGCGGUGUAG